AUGUUAUCGGCGGAACCAGAGUGUUCAACUUUAACUAAUAUGUUGCUCUCCGGGGUAAGGCUGGACGGCCGCACGUUGAAGGAGUAUCGAGAAAUAACCUUUCAUUUUCCUCACGGGCAUGCCAACGGUGGAUGCUGUAUUGUGAAAAUCGGUUCCACAGCCGUGUUGGCAAAAAUCUCAGUGGAGGUUGUCGAACCGAAACACUACCGUCCCGCUCAAGGAAUGCUCUUUGUUAACUUUGACGCCACAAUUUUGUCUGCCAACGACGUGAAACGAAAAGGGCGCAGUCGUGACGAUGAAGGACGCCGUCUGUCCGCGGUGCUUCAGACCUGUUUUCGCGACUGUGUCGACCUUGAUGCGCUCUGCAUUGUUGCCUGGGAACGUGUCUUUGCUAUUCGGGUGGACCUGCGCGCACUUGCCUCUGAUGGAAAUCUGGGAGACUGUGGGGCCCUAGCUGCUGUGGUCGCACUGGCUUCAUUCAGGCGGCCUGAUGUCUACGUCGGUGAUGAAGGACGGGUCAUUGUAGAUACACAAUGCAAACACCGUCCACCAGUGCCGCUCUUCCUUCGUCGGAUCCCUGUUCUAGUGACUCUAGGAUUGGCCUCUGACACCAAAAUUAUCCUCCAGGAUCCGACAAAACGCGAAGAAGCCAUCCUUACCGGCGGACGCGUGAUGGUUGGUCUAACUGCACACGGCGAACUCUGUUGUCUUCAUACCUCCGGACUCAGCACGCCCAUCAGACCAGACAGUCUCUCGCGAUGCAUUCUUCUAGCCAAUUCCCGUGCUCGUUCGCUUGUUACACUGGUAAAUCGCGUGCUAGAUGGAUUGGAACGACAAAGACAGGCCAGACAAGCCGCCUUCUCUGCUCGUCAGGCCGAUGUUGAACGUGCCAAACAGAUGGCAGAUGAGGCGCCGCUUGUGCUCUCCUCAGCCUCCUUUCUGCCUGGCGGCGAGAAUGCCCCCGUGGGUGGUCUGGAGGAGGGCGAGUUGGGACCGCAAUCUGCG